AUGCCCCCAGUGCUGCUCAAUGGUGUAGGCCUCGCCAGAGCUAAGCAAUUUAAGUACCUCGGCCAUGUGGUGACCGAGGACUUAAAAGAUGAUAGCGAUAUUGAGAGGGAAAGGAGGGCGCUGGCGGUUCGCUGCAACAUGUUGGCCCGCAGGUUUGCACGAUCUAGCAUUGAAGUAAAGAUUACUCUCUUUAAAGCCUUCUGCCAAACUUUAUACACGUGCAACCUGUGGGUUAAUUACACGCAGCGAGCCUUUAACGCCCUCCGUGUACAAUAUAACAAUGCGUUCAGGGUGUUGUUGGGGCUCCCGCGCUACUGCAGCGCCUCAGCAAUGUUUGCGUACGCGCACACGGAGGGGUUUGGCGCGGUGAUUCGUAAACGUAUCGCAUCACUCAUGCGCAGGGUGCGCGGGAGCCACAACACCAUCCUGAGGGUCAUAAGCGAGAAAACGGACUGCCCCAUUCUGGGACACUGGGUUCGAACGCAUGCGCAAGUGCCGGGUGUUCCAGGGGGGGGCAGAUACUUAAACUAA